GUACACACACCUUUAGACUCAGGAUGUUGACACUGAUGUGGAUUACAGCGUUGCUUUCUGAUAAAAUUGUCCAAACAGCAGAUUCAACAGAUGCAAAGAAUCAACCAAACUCAGUGAUCACUGCUCGUACCGGUGAUAAUGUGAUUCUGCACUGUUUUCGACCAAGAGAGAACACCGAUGACAUCGCUUGGUACAAGGAAGAAGUAGGACACAAGCCUCGUGUAAUGGUCAGAGUUCUACAGAAACCAAAAUAUGAAGAUGAGUUCAAUUCUUCAAGAUUCAGCAUCGAGAAAGAAAAAAUGAGCUGCCAUUUAAAAAUCUCUAAUGUGCAACCGUCUGAUGAAGCCAUGUAUUACUGUGGAUUUAGAGAGUUUUUUACAAGGUUUAGAAAUGGAACGUUUUUAUCAGUAACAGGUAAACCAGAUGUAAAAGUGUCAGUAUCACAGAGCAGUGUGUUGGACUCGGUUCCUGCAGGAGCGUCAGUGACUCUGCAGUGCUCGGUUCUCUCUGAGAGCAGAGCAGCAGAACUCCAAGUGCUCUGGUUCAGAGCUGCUCCACCACAAUCCCAUCCUCAAAUCAUUUACACUCAUCACAACAGCAGCCAUCAGUGUGAGAGCGGCUCUUCUACACACACCUGUGUGUACAACUUCUCCAAGAACAUCGUCAGCCUCAGUGAUACUGGGACUUACUACUGCGCUGUGGCUGCGUGUGGGAAGAUCAUUUUUGGGAACGGAACACGAGUACAACUGGAAAAAUCCCUGGAUCCUGUAGUGAUCUUUCUCACAGUAGCUUUGGGAGUGUGUAUGUUUGUGAUCUUUGUUCAUGUUGUAAGCUGUAAAGAGAGGAAAUGUGAAUACUGCAGUGGGAAAUCCCAGGAUUCUGUCAUAAAGAAAACCCCAAAUCAGGUCACUGCUUGUGUGAAGCUGAAUUUUGCUGCUUUACACUUCAAUAACAGAACAGGAAAGCGAGAUCAAACUCAUGAUAAUUUUUAUUCUGAAGUAAUUUACUCUCCUCUUUCUUAAAUCAUGAAUAUUAUACAUUAUCUGACAUAAGUUUUUCUUAUUUAUGUUUAGCCUGAUUGAAAAUUUAGUGAAUUCUAGAA